AACUUGGGCUAAUCGUUACCACGUGGAGGCGGGAACGAUCAAAUACGGGAGGAUUCUUGGGUGAUAGACUGAAAUCGUGUGAAAAGGUCGAUCGAAUCGAUUGCUGAAAAAUCGAGAGAUUCGAGAGACAACGGCCCACCAAAGCCGUACGUAGACAAUCGUUCGUGCUUCUCCACACGCCCACGCACACGUGCACACACGUGCCGUGCGUUCGUCGUUUUCUUCUUCUUACGGGUUCAUAAUAUAGUAUUGUGUGUUGGUGUGACGCUUCCUGCUCUUUUUCGAUUUGCUGAAAAAUGCUGAAAUCAUCGUCUGGAAACAUGCAUCAUUUUUCAACGGGCAGCUCAUCUGCUAUCAUCGCCUCCUCCUCAUCCUCCUCUUCAUCGUCGAAUGGUUACGGUCACUCGCCACGUGACUUGCUCACCGGAGCAGCAGUUGCGAAUGGUGGUGGUGGUGGAUUCGGUGGUGUCGCCGGUGUGGCAUUUGCUACGACGUCACCGCCGACGCCUGUUAAUUUGGAUGUGCAACGAAUCGACUGUACCGAUGAGACGACGGUUGUAAUGGUAAAGCUGACGGAUGAAAUGUUUGCAGCUCUUCAAGAAAGUCAACGAAGUGGUAAACCACUUCGGAUAAACGUUAACGAUAAGGAAGGACGCGUCGAAAUUGGCGAUGGUACAGCUUCGUCAAAAACCAACAAUACUUUUUAUUUCCAAAAGCAAACGGUGCCGGAACAAACGGAUACUCUUGUACACUCGGGUGGAGGCGUUCGAAAUGUCGGAACGUACAAAACAAAAUACCAAAUUCAAGCAACAGACCGGUCAUUUCAAGAAACGAAGAAGCGAGCUGAGCUCCGUGCUGAAGUGGAAAAAAGUCGAGGAACGAAACAGAUGAAAAAAAGCGGAGUCACAAGUAGCUCUUCUCGAUACCACAACUCUUCCAAUUCGACGCCACGUAGCAUGAACAGUGCUCCGAAUUCGUCACGUGUGAGCCCAUCAUUCAUGUCAUCGUCAUCGUCAAAAGCUUCGACAAGCCACGUGACGACGAACAACUCGAAAGGAACACCAAAUAAUGGCUCAGAGAGCAAGAAAAUUGAUAUGACACCGCAACUGAUGAAACAUUCGAUCAAAAAACGAAUUAUCCAUUUGAUUGUUACACAAAAGUAUAGCAACUGGGAGGAAGUGUACAAGAAGUUGAAAUCUGAUGGUCUGCCUGAAGAAAAGGAUGAAAUUGAGAAAAUUCGGAGUUGUGUGGAAGAGGUUUCCGAGACACGGCCUGAAAUGUCUGUAAUGUCACUUCGAACAAGUUUUCUCUCAGAAGUAGAUCAACGAUGGAUGUUCUUUAAUCAAGAGGAAAAGUCGCAUGUUCGACGUCUAUGUAACUCGGGAUCCCGUGUCGGUCCAACUGACAACAACUUUGCUCCAUUGAGAAAGAAGGGAAUGGAACGGAUCACGGCGAGUUCGAAGACUGAAAAAGAUAAAGUGAAGGAGAAGCUAGAAGAAGCGGCGAAGAUCCCGAGCCCGCCGAAAGAUCAAAAGUCACUUCCGUCAAUUGUCGAGGAGGACGACUAUUAUACGGCUCCGCCGGAGCCGGCGAAUAAGCGCCGUGCUCAUAACUUGGCUCCACCACCACCGCCACCAGUUCAAGUGGUAACUCCACAGACGACGUCUUCUCAGACUGAGACUGGCCCACUGCCGCCGAAACGAACGAAACGGCCCGAAUCGUCGAGCCCGCAACUGGAGCGGUCAUCGCAACCAGCUUCUAAGCUCAACCCCAUCAAACUGGCAGCAACGAUUGCGAUGCAACCGAUCCCAAAGUGUGAUCCUCCACCACCACCACCAUCACGUGACACUUAUCAUCACAACGUGGCAUCUGUCGCCGUGAAUGGAGGUGGCUCCACUGCGUCGAGCCGAGUCUCAUCGCCAGCUUCAUCUCUCUCGUCACCGAGUCAACCAUCGUGUAACUGGGAGAAACAGUUUGGAGAUAUUAAGACACUUUCUGAAGCAGAAGCUUAUUUUAAGCAAUUUCAUAAGGAAUAUCCAUUGUAUAUGGAAUGUCAUGAAAUGUUGACGAAAGUUUCAUCCGAAUUUCGAGGGCUUGAAGUGAAGCUGCUCACUGCAGUUGCUCUUAGUAAAACGUCACCGUCACCGCAGAAUAUGCAGAAUGUGAAGCAAAUUGAAAAGAACAUACAGAAUCGAUAUGCACACUUUGAGAAGGAUCCCGAAUUUAUGAAAGCUCGCCAACGUCACACGGAUCUUCGCUCGAAGCUAAACGUACUGAAGACUCGUAUCGGUAGCUGGGAAAAAAUGCGACGGCAAUCAUCGACAAAUGUCUGAGAAGCUUCCCUCCCGACGAGAAUAGCUCUUCCCUUCUAGUGUCAUCCAUCCAUUUCCAAAGCUUCACCCGCCCCAAAUGAAAUUGAUCCGUGUGUCCUCCCUCCCAAAACAAACAAACAAACAAACAAAAAACCAAUAUUUUAUCCAUUUGAAACAUGACGGUUCAACAUGCUUUCCACAGCGCCUUUUCCACUCCCCUUCCCCCCACCCGAAUAUAUCCCGACGAAAAAACCAAUUCAUUUCACAAAUCAUCUCUCUUGCGUCUCUCCGUCUCUUUUCUCUCUCUCUCUCUCUCUUUCCGUUCUCAUUUGCUGGUUCAAAAGUUACAUACAUAUAUAUAUAAAUAUAUACAUAUUUUAUUUUAUUAUUUCUCUUCUCCCCUCUCGUUCACUCAGUUUAUCUCGUUUCUUCCCCCCGUAGCUCCUCAUCACCCUCGUCCUCGUCUAAUUUGUGAUUAUAAGCUGAUAUUGGUGUUGAUAUCCAUGUGAUUUUUUUUCUUAAUUUUUUUUUGGUUAGAAGAGAUUCAAAGUAGCCCUCCCCCCCCCAGCAUCGAAUACCCACUUUUUUUGAUUCUUUUGGAUAGCGAAAAAAAAAUUACAAUAAAACCCCCCAAGCCCCCCACACACACUUGUCAAAGGCCGGUGAUAAAAAGAUACAACUCACGGAUUUUUCGUUUUUUUUUCUAUUUUGUUUUUUUUUCUUUCACCCUGUUUCUCCUUAAUCUCUUUUUUUAUCGUGUAAUCGUGUUUUUUUUUUGCCUUUUCCCACUCCCCUGAUCAUGUAGAGCCCUUUAGAUGGACUGUGCCUUUUUGACUAGCGAUUUUUCAAUUCUAAAUUCAAUUCAUAUUUUCCACAAUCCCCAUUUUCUCUCUCUAUUGCGCGGUUGUUGCCCCCAUUAAGCCGGGAACCAGACACUUUUGUGGCAUAGUUUUUUUUGUAGAUUUGACCCCCACCGUAUUUUUUUUUUCGAUUAUCCUUUUUUGAAAACCGUAUUUUAUUCUCUUUUUGAAACCAAAUAAAUGUUAUUUGCGUCU